GAAUCCGGUUUGUGCGGUAAAGUUAUGUGUAGGUAGAUUACACACGACACUGAAUAAAUUUAUUUCUCCUUGAGAAUGCCUAUUAAACAGCCUAUUUUCACACGUACGUUUAAUCCGUUUAAAACUUGCUCUUACGGGUGGGAAAUAUGUUGAGUGUAAGGUUGUGAUAUGUGGUUGCUAAGUAGCAGUCAAAAUGUUUUAAAAAGUUGUGUAGUUCGGGUUUUAGUUUAAAAUUCCUAGCUCCAUUUAAGUUGUCAGGCGAUUUUACAAUUGUUAUUUUUUUAACCACAUUCUUAACGUCCACAUAACUGGUGCCUCAUCAGUUGUUCUACGUCCUGAAGUAACGGAAUAAUGCGACCGGGAUUAGUUAACGGUCAGACAAAGAGGAAUAGCGAUGAUCUGUCUGAAUGCCAGUAUUCUGGUUAAAUAGGUUUGUGGGUAGUUACCCAUCACAGGCAUGAUAUUAACGGAGUCGGUUACCUACCAAAGUACCUGAUGAAGACGGACAUCCUAUGAAACAGUGUCUCCCCCGAGUUGUUCAGUCCUCACCUUGAGGAUUAAGCGAUGGAGUCUGAGCUACUCCUUAGCUGGAAGGAUGAACGGGCUGAGCUUGCGGCAGAAAUAUCACGGCUGCAGGAUGAGCUGGCGGGAAGUCGAGCGGUGAACGAGGAGCUGCGAUUCCGGGGCCAGGCGCUGACGGACAGGCUGGCUCAGUCUGUAGAGCCGUCCUCCUCCAUGUCGAUACGCUUGGACACCGAGCGGCGCGAGUGGAGGAAGAAGCUGGUGGAGAGUCGGGAGCGGGAGUCCCGGCAGACGCUGCUGGUGCACAAGCUGCAGAGCAAGGUGUUGGAAUACAGAGGGCGCUGCCAGCAGCUGGAACAGCAGUUACUGACUGGCGAGAGAGAAUUGCGCAAAAGGGAGAGGAUUAGAGAUGAACACAGUAACUCCAUGGAGAGUGCCCUCAUCAGGUUGGAAGAGGAACAGAACAGAAGUAUAGGACUGGCAGAAUUAAAUUCUUUUUUGCGGAGUCAACUCAGCAAAUCAGAAGAAGCUAAUGAAGCACUGAGGGAAGACCUUUCUAAGCUGACAGCGGAUUGGUCCAGGGCAGUGGAGGAGGCAGGUCUUAAGGAGAAGGAGUGGCAGAAUGAAAGAGAGAUUCUAACAGGCCACAUCUCACAGGAGCACACCCGCCUGCUGACUGUAUGGGGUGGAGUGGUGAAGCUCAAACGACAGUGUCACACUGUGAAGAGUGCCACCGACAGGGACCUCUGGGAGCUCCGGGCGGCGUUUUCUCGCCUCUCCUCCUCUCUGCUGUCCAGCUGCAUCUCCUUCGGCUCUCCUCGGGCCAUGGGACCUGGUGGCAGCUCCGCCGCGGACCAGGGGCACGGCCGUGCCGCACGGUCGACCUCCCCGUCGCCCUCAUCCACAGUGGGGCCGCUGUCCCUGCAGGACCUGGAGCACAGCCAGAUGGAGAAGCAGCGCGAGCUGCUGGAGCUGAGGACCCGCCAUGACGCUGAGACCCGGGAGCUUCGGGACCGGAUCACAGAGCUGUCAAUCUCCCUACAAGCCCAGGAAGGGCAAAGGGAGCAGGAGCGAGAGAGGGAAAGGCAGCUGGAAGAAGAGAGGGAGCAGGAGAGAGAGAGGGAGCGGGAGGCUCACAGGGAGGUGGAGAGAAACCUGGAAUCCAUUCAGCAGGCUGUGCUGACCCUGUCCAAAGCACUGAACUCCCAGUGUGUGGAUGAACAGAGUGCAUCUCCUCUCUCUUCGGCUGACCUGCAUAGUGAGGGGCUUCACCCUGUCCUCAGUAUCAUCGCCCAAGCAGAGACUGCCCUCCGGUGGAGACAACAGGAAGUAGAGGAGGCUGAGAUCAAUUUGCAAAGACUGGGGGAAGAGCGGCAAGCUCUGGAACAGCGUAUCAGAGCCCUGGAAAGAGAGGGGGAGGAGCUUCAGUCACAUGUGCAGCAGGGCAGACAGGAACUGAGAGACACCCAGGAAAUACUGCACAGUGAGAGGGAGAUGGUGAGCUCCCUGCGGAGUCAGCUGGAGGAGGUGAGUCAGCACAGUGAGGAGAUCAGGAAGGAGAAUGAGCGCCUGAGGCAGCAGAAAGAGAGGGAUGAAGAGGAGAAGAGGCGUCUGGAGAAGGAGAGCCAGGAGCGUUUGGAGGCAGAUAUGAGAGAAAGUGCCCAACUCAGCGAGAGAGAAACGCAGAGCCGGCAGGAACUGCACUCCCUCCGCGGGGAGCUGGAGAGGGAGCAGCUGGCCCGGGCACAGGCCGAAGAGGAGACCACCCAAACCAAGGAGGCUUUGAUUAAAGCUCGCCAGUCGGCCCUUGCCCUGUCCUCCAGUCAGACGCAGCUGAAGCAGGAGGUGGCAGAGCUCGGCGAUUCCCUGCAGAAUAUGGCAGCCCUGAGCGAGGCACUUGCAAGUGACAAGCGGGAUCUGAAUGUCCGCACGCUGCAGCUGGAAACAGAGUUGGAAAACGCCCACUCGACUCUUCAGAGUUUGGGGUCAGAGGUCACGACCCUGUGCAGAGAGCUAAAGAUGGCAUCCCAGGAAACAGCCAGUUUAAGGGCCCAGAGGAGUGCGGAGCUGGAAUCCCUACUGCAAAUGGAAGGCAGGGAGAAGGAGCUGCAGAGGGAGAUGGAAAGACUGAAGGAGGAGGCAGAGAGGGAAACCAGUUUGUUGAUGGAGGAGAAGGAGAGGGAUGCAGAAAGAUUGCAGGAGCUGACCAGACAGCAUGGUGCCGUGUGCAGGGAGCUGCAGGGCGCACAGGCGGAGCUGGGCCGGCUGCUGGAGCUGCAGAAGCGGGCUGAGCGGGAGAGGGAAGACCUGCUCAGGGAGGCUGAGCGGAUGGAGAGCAGGCUGCAUGCUCUGGAGCGAGAGAGGGAGGAGCUGGAUGAGGACCGGGAAGAGCUCAGGUCCCUGACGGCCUCCCUACAGCAGCACUUAGCCCAAACCCAGGAGCAUGUUUCCGGCCUUGAGGUGCACAAGGGCCAGCUGGAGGUGCAGGUUCAGAUGCUUCUGCAGACCAAGGAUGUGCUGCAAGGAGAGAUCCAGUGUUUGCGUGAGGAACUGGAGGAGGAGGUGGCCCAAAGAGCUGAGGAGAGGGAGAGCCAGCAAGUAGAGAGAGAGCAGACUCACAGAGAGAUGGAGAGCAGGCAGGCAGAGCUGGAGAGGCUGAAAGCAGAGGUCGAGCAGUCUGUCAAACAGCAGAGGACACUAGAGGAGGAAUGGGUGGAAGAGAAGGACGUGUGGCAGAGGGAGAGGGAAAACCUGAGUUCAGAGCUGGGACAGCGAGAUGGAGAGUUAGAGGCUCUGAGACACAAAAUGGAGGGAAUAACAAGACAAUUGGAGGAGAUGUCAGGACAGCUGCAGGAAAGGGAUGCAGAGAUGGAGAGAAUUCUGACUCGGCAUGGGGUAGAGCAGAGGGCAGCUGAGCACAAGGCCAGGGAAGCCAGUGAUGAGGCAGACAUGUGGAGGGGGAGAGCAGAGGAGGAGCAGAGACAGAGGAAUGCAUUGAAACUAAGAGUAAAAGAAAAGGAGAUUGAAGAAUUAAGGGAAAAGGAAAGAGACCAAGAGAGAACAGCAGAAAUACUGAAAGAGAAGGAAAUGGAUGUAAAAAAGAGGGAUGAGGAAAUAGGGAGGCUAAAGAGCACAGUGGGAGCAAUGAAAGAAGAAAAGCAAAAGCUCGUAGCUGAACUGCAGAAACAAGAGAUAUUGCAGGCCCAGGUGACUGUCUUAGUGGAACUCAACUCACAGCUGAAGGAAAGGCAGAAAUUAAAGCUCGGAGAAGAAGAGGAGUGGAAGCGAAGGGAGGUAGAACUGAAAGAUGGAGAGGUGAGACUGAAACGAGAACUAGGACAGAAGGAGGUAGAGGUGUGUCAACUGGUAGGAAGGAUCCAAGAUCUUGAGAUGGAGAUGGAGAGGACCAGGAAAAAGCAUGAUGGACUGCAAGAGAACCUGAACAUUCAUAUAAAACUCCUGAAAGAAAGAGAGGAGGAGGUAACAACUCUACGAGAAACAGAGGAAGAGACUAAUGCUAAACUCCUCUUAGAAGAGGAGGAGACAAAGAAACUUAGAGAGAGAUUGCAAGAGCUGGAAAUGUUGGGACAAGAACUCAGGGAAACAGAAUCUACUCUGGAGAGAGAGAGGAGUCUGCGUAGAGAGAAGCAGGAAGAACUUCUUGAUAAAAUCCAGGACCUGAACAUAGCAAGGGAAGAGCAGGAGAGAGAAAGGGAGCUGGCACAGGAAUCCAAUGAAAAACGAGGGAAGCUGGAGAAGGAGGUAGAAAAAUUGAGAUAUUUAGUAACAGAGAGAGAGGGGAAAGUGAAAGAUGCUAUAGAAGAGAAGGAACAGCUAAAAAAGAUCCUAAAUCAGAAGGAUAGCGAGCAGGAGAAGCUGGUGUUCCAGCUGGCACAGCAACAUACUGAAGCAGAGAAGUUCAGAAUCAAAGUUGAAGAGCUUCAAAGAGAACGACAUGUCUGGUUAGAAGAGAGAGAAAGCCAGAUGGAAAAACUGGGGCAUCAGGUGAAGGAAUUGGAUGAGGACAGAGAUCAUCUUGCUGCAGAGCUGAGGUGGAAGGAGCAAGAGGUGAGGUCUCUGAAGGAUGAAGUGGAGAGAGUGAGGAGAGAAAAGGAGAAGGUAGGAUUUUCCUUGAAAUAUGUUGAACAGGAAUUGAAGGAGGCAAGAAAAAAGGGGGAGACAAUUGGGGUGCAACAGACAGCACUGAAAGAAGAGGUGUUUGAGCUCACAAGGGCCCAAGACCAAGCCAGAGCAGAGAUCAGUGAGAGAGAGAGAGAAAAGCUGAAGAUGAUGGAGGAAAUUGAUGCAGUAAAGCAGGAGCUGACUAUACUGAAAGAACAACUGGAGGAGCGUAACCAUGAAGGUCAGCAACUGAGAGCUGAUCUCCAGGAAAAGAGAGAGGAGCUACUGAAGUUUCAGCUGAAGGACGAGGAGGUAGCAAGGCUGAAAGCACGACUGCAGGAGAUUGAACUGUUAGAACAGAAACUCACCGGUCAACUGAAGGAAACAGAAUCCAUCCUGAAAAGAGAGAGGAAUCUGUGGAGAGAGAAGGAGCAAGAGCUUCUUAACAUGAUCCAGGACCUAAACGUAGCAGAGGAACAGCGGGAGACAGAUAGACAAGCGGCCAAUGAAAAGCAGGAGAAGCUCCAAGAGGAGGUGGAAAGAUGGAGAAAGCUGGUGAAAGAGAGAGAGGGGGAGGUUGAGGAGGUGAGAGAAGGACUUGAAAAGGCUCUGAAUCAGAAGGAGAGAGAGCAGAAACACCUGGCAUUGCAGCUGGAAGAACGGAAAGCUGAACUGGAAAGACUAAAGGAGGAGGUGGAAGAACUGCAGACGGGACAGCAUGUUUUGUUAGAAGAGAGAGGGAGCUUGGUGGAGAAGUUGGGCCAUCAAGUAAAGGAGCUGGAAGAUGAGAGAGAACAUCUUGCUGCUGAGCUACGGAGGAAGGAGCGAGAAUCAGAGGCCCUGAGGGAUGAAGCAGAGAGAGUGAGGAGAGAAAAGGAGAAGGUAGGAUUUUCCUUGAAAUAUGUUGAACAGGAAUUGAAGGAGGCAAGAGAAAAUGGGGAGACAAUUCAGAUCCAGCAAGCAGCACUGAAAGAAGAGGUGUUUGAGCUCACAAGGGCCCAAGACCAAGCCAGAGCAGAGAUCAGUGAGAGAGAGCAAGAAAAGCUGAAGAUGAGGGAGGAAAUUCAUGCAGUAAAGCAGGAGCUGAGUAUGCUGAAAGAGCAGCUGGAGGAGCUUAACCAUGAAGGUCAGCAACUGAGAGCUGAUCUCCAGGAAAAGAGAGAGGAGCUACUGAAGUUUCAGCUGAAGGAGGAGGAGCUAACAAGGCUGAAAUUGCAACUGCAGGAGAUGGAACUGUUAGAACAGAAACUCACCGGUCAACUGAGGGAGACAGAAUCCAUCCUGAAAAGAGAGAGGAAUCUGUGGAGAGAGAAGGAGCAAGAGCUUCUUAACAAGAUCCAGGACCUAAACGUAGCAGAGGAACAGAGAGAGACAGAUAGGCAGGCAGCCAAUGAAAAGCAGGAGAAGCUCCAAGAGGAGGUGGAAAGAUGGAGAAGGCUGGUGAAAGAGAGAAAGGGGGAGGUUAAGGAGGUGAGAGAAGAACUAGAAAAGGCUCUGAAUAAGAAGGAGAGAGAGCAGAAACACCUGACAUUGCAGCUGGAAGAACGGAAAGCUGAACUGGAAAGGCUUAAGGAGGAGGUGGAAGAACUGCAGAAGGGACAGCAUGUUUUGUUAGAAGAGAGAGGGAGCUUGGUGGAGAAGUUGGGCCAUCAAGUAAAGGAGCUGGAAGAUGAGAGAGAUCAUCUCGCUGCUGAGCUACGGCGCAAGGAGCGAGAAUCAGAGGCCCUGAGGGAUGAAGCAGAGAGAACGAGGAGAGGAAAGGAGAUGGCAGAGUCUUCUCUCACACGGGCUGAGAAACAGUUGAGGGAGUCUCAGAAAAAAGGCAAUGCAAUGGCAACUCAGCUGACCACACUGAAACAAGAAUUAGUCACACUAAAAAGAACACAGGAUCAGUCUAGAAUGGAGGUCAAAGAGCGAGAGUUGGAGAACCAGAAGAUGCGGGAAGGGUUGAAAGUUGGGGUGCAAGAGAUGGCUACGCUGAAAGAACUGCUAGAGCAAAGUAACCAUGAAGGAGAGAGACUGAGAAUCCUUCUCCAGGAAAAGAAAGAGGAAUUGGUGAAAAGCAGAGAUGAAAGGGUCCGAGUGCUACGAGUAGAAUUGGAAGAGUUAUAUAACAGGAUUGGGUUGCUCGAACAAGAGAAGCAGGAGCUUGAGAUAAAACUUGAAAGGGGGUUACAGUUAGGGAAGGAUGGGGUCCAAGAGAGGGAGAAGAUGGAAACACAGCGACUGAAGGUUGAGGAUGAGCUGAGAGCUACAUUGGGAGAGAAGGAAGCAGAGGUGACCAGGACAAGAGCAAAGCUUGAUGUUUUAGAGGGAGAGAGGAACAAGUUCAGCACUUUAGCAGCUGAGAAAAGCAAAGAGGCCUUAGCACUUAGUGAGAGGGUGAAAAAACUGGAGAAGGAGCUGGCGGAGGUGAGAAAGGAACGAACUGAAGAGGCUCAAGUGUGGAAGCAACAGAUUAAUGUUCUGACGAACUGGGAAGAGGGGAAUUUUGAGGGGGAGAAAGAGAGGCACAUUAAACUGCUAAUGGCAAAGCUGAGUGAGAAGGAGCAACAGAUGGAGGGCAUGAAAGAGCAAGUUCAGGAGGAGGAGAAAAGACGGGAAAGACUUAAAAGAGCUGCAGAGGAAAGGGAGAAGCAGGCUGAGUUAGUGACAAAUAUACUGAGAGACAGAGAAAAAGAAGUACAGAGGCUUGUAGGGUUACUGGAGGAGAGGAGCAAGUAUAUAAAUGAGCUCAGGGAAAAAAUGAAAGAGCUGCAGAAAGAGGAGAAGGAAGGGGAGCGAAGCAAUCAGAGAGAGCUGGAGAAGGGGCAGCAUAAGUUAAAGAAACAGAGAGAAGAGAAGAGCAGAAAUGAAACGAUUCAGAAGGAAGAAAAACACAAGGUUCUAGAAGAAGCUCUGCAACAGAUGGAGAGAGAGAAGGAACAACUGUUAGAGAAGCUGGGAGAGAGGGAGGGUAUAGCUGAAAUGUGGAAAAAGAGGGCUGAGGUGUUAGAGGCAGAGAUGGAACGGCUGCUUUCUGGAGUGGGAGGGAGACAGGGGGGGUCACAGAUGGGCUCAGCAGACGAGGGUAGUAGCCCUAGGGAAAGUCACCUGAAAAAGUUACAGGAACGAGUGUCCACAUUCCUCCAGGAAAAAGAGGAAGGUAUCAGGCUUUUAAAAGAAAGGGGAUCUGAGGUGUAUGCUCUGAAAGCGAGGGUAGAAGAACUUAAGGAGGACAGGCAGCGGAUACGAGCAGCACUGGAAGAGACCGAGGCAGCACUGGUGCAGUAUCGUGACAAAGCCAAGCAGCUGGAGAGGAAGCCGAGAGGCAGGCAGGAAGUCAUCUCAAGAGCAACACACACCGAGGGACAAUGGCUAGAGAGACAUAGCAGCGAUGAUACAGCAGGUGGCGCUGAGUUGCGGGAACGCUUAUUAGCCAUGCAGCAAGCUGUGGCACAGCUGGAGUUUGAGCAGAAGCAGCUUCGGACAAGAAAUGUGCAACUAGAGCAGCGCAUUGAGAGACUGAGAGCCCAGAGGGGGCAGCUGAGGGAGACUCUGACGCAGGUGGAAGAGGAGAGAGUGAAAUUGCGUCGUCAGUUGUCGCAGUCAGGCAGCGUUGCAGGGGAGAACUCCACUACGCAGAGGAAGGCUGGUCUCUUGCAAGAAGAAGAGAAGACAGAGCACCUGAGAGCUCGUGUGAAAGAGCUGGAGGAACAGGUGCACUUCCUCAGGUUGACCUUAGCAGUGGAUCACAGAGAAAGAGCAGAGUUUAUCGAACAUGCCUCUCGGAACAACAAUUGGCUGGUGUCUCUCAGACAGGACCUAAGUGACUCUUUGGCCAUGGUCUCCGAGAGGCCCUUCCCAUCUGUGCUGGAGGCUGAAACGCAGCGAUUGGACAGGAGUCUGAGAGAGGAGGAGCUGCGAUUAUCUCUCAGCUUCACCUAACUGCAUAAUGAAUUACUGAGUUAUAGUUAAAAAUUAUAAAUGACACUUACUAUGAGACAUUAGCUGCAUUAAAUUUAAAUGUGUAUUGUACUCUAAAUGUGUACAUUUAUGCUCUGAAAACAUGGAUACGGAGUCCUUUGUAAUAUAAUUAAAAACAAAUGUAAACCAUC